AAAUGUCAAAAGUAAUCUGUGUUUCAAAAUUGAAUGAUGAACAGUGCUUUAAAAUUUUAUUUAUAGAUAUUUCUAAAAAUGGAUUUUUGUUGUUUACUUUAAUUUUCUCUAGUUCAUAUUUCUUUUUUUGUAUUUCUGUGUUACCGAAAUGAGUAUUGAGUGUUUCACAAGUUAUUCUUAUAAUAAUGACUUCUUGGAUUGGAAAGGUCGAAAAUCAACUUCAUCAGAAUGAACAAUUCGAUAAUAAUAUCGUACUUACACAUGACUUACAAGAUUGCCUUGAUGAAAGCCUGGAUUUUAAUUUUAAUAAAGUAUACUCAGACUCGGAUAAUAUUUCAUUGGACAAUAAAACUGAUACCAAAGAACAAAAUGGUUUUGUUCAACACACUAUUUCUCUGGAUGAGAUAUGUAUGCAAAUUAGUCCAGGAUCCUCAGAUAGAAUGCCAAAUGAUCCAUCACAUGCGACUUUGACAAUCACAUCUACAGAUCCUGAUACCAAAGAAACCACAAUCAACAGAUUUCAGUGUGACUAUGAUGGCUGCUCUAGGACUUACAGUACAGUUGGUAAUCUUAGAACACACCUGAAAACACAUAAAGGUGAAUACCGGUUUAAAUGUUCGGAACCCAGUUGUGGAAAAGCUUUUUUAACUUCAUAUAGUCUAAAAAUACAUAUCAGAGUACAUACAAAGGUGAAACCAUUCGAAUGCACCGAAGACGGAUGUGACAAGGCUUUCAAUACAAGAUACAGGCUGAGAGCUCAUGAACGUUUGCAUAAUGGUAAAACUUUUAAUUGUGAGUCAGAUGGAUGUAAUAAAUUUUUUACUACCCUCAGUGACCUAAAAAAACACAUUCGAACUCAUACCCGAGAAAAACCUUAUAAGUGUACUGUUACCAGUUGUGGAAAAGCUUUUACCGCCAGUCAUCACCUGAAAACUCACGUUAGGAUUCACACGGGCGAAAAACCUUACGCUUGCAAUGAAAGUAUUGAAUGUAAUAGAGCCUUUUCCACUCAACAUAGUCUAAAGUCGCACAUAAAAACACAUCAAAGACAUGAAAAGUACUAUAAUCCUGAAAUAACUGCCAAACUUGAAACGUCUAGUCAAAUUAAGUCCGAAGGUACGAUAACGGUACCAAUCGAGAAUUCGGAAAAUCAUUACUCCAGUAUACAAGAACAUAAUUUGGAAUCGUCCGAUGUGGAAAAUCUUCUAAUGGAAAAUCCAACUCAACCAUCUAUAACUUUUGAAAAUAUUUAUUACAAUGUUGCCCCUACUACUUCUGAUACUUUGCUUAAUAAUAACUACGUUUUUACUCAAAUUAUGCCCGAAAAACAUGCAGCAGUUAUAGAAGAAGAAUUCGAAAUGGCUAAUCGACUGAAAGAUUACGCCACUGUCACCACAGAAAACGUACCGCUUCAACUCUUAUAUAAUAUUGGUACAGAAAAUAUUGAAAAUGUCAAAGAAAACGAAACUCUAAUCAAUACUCGCGACGAAUUGGACGGGAACACGGUCAUUUCCGAAUUUCAAAAUACAGGCAUUACUUUAGACAAUAUAGAUAUUAAAAAUUUGCCAAAUUUAGAUGAAGAUACAACUGCAAUGAACCAACAACCCAAAAUUCGAAUAAUAGCAAAUAAAAGAAUAUUACCUACUCAAAACGUGCAGAAUUCACAAACUACAUCUGACAUUUUACUCGAUGCAACAAACAUUUUGUCAGAAGACAGUGGUAAUCAAUCUGAUUGGAUGGAUUUGGUAAAUAGUGCAGCUCAACUCGACAUAGAAAAACAAAACGGUGCAACAAAUGAAUUGGACUCGUAUCUCGUUCUAGAUUUAAAUGAUGAUAUUAAUUUAACGAAUGCGAGUAAUGCUGAUUUGACUUUAAAAAAAGAAAAUGCCACAAUUCAAAAUCUUUCCAGUUCUGAAAACAUCGAAGUUCAUCCAACAUCGACGAAUUGGAAUAACAAUAAUCAGUCUAAUUGUUGUGGAAACCCAGCAGCUUGUUAUAAUAACAACAAUAAUAAUUAUGAAGGUGUUUCACCAAAUUUGGCCAAUAACAUUGUACCUUCAGCUUCAAUUCAGUUGAACAGUCUACCAGUUCCAUCGGAGAAUUUAAGUAAUAUUUUAAAUAUCGCACAGACUCAAUUAUUGGGCUGCAAAACGAAGCCAAAUUCGGCUCAUACUUGUGCAGAUAAAGGAGAGCAAUGUUGUGUUGUAGUCUGCCUGAAAACCAUCGAUCAGUUGAAGCAAAUGUUAUCUUUAGCGGCUGGUUGUAACAAUUUUCAGACUCUUUCACUGGGCUGCGUGAAGAGUAGCAAUUGCGGAGUGUGAUAUUUUCAUAGAGUUUUUCUACGGGUGCUAAAACUAAUAGUCACAUAAGCAUAUCUAUAUGUAUGAGAUAAAAAAAUGCCA